AUGGCGCCUCAAAAGCCUGCUGCCAACGACAAGGCCCCGAAAGCGAAGAAGUCUCCCACUGACAAGCAGAGCAAAGACAAAGUCGUGAAGAGGCCGGCGCGUGGAUACCACACCUUCAGGAAUGGUAUGCUCAACGUCACACCCAAGGGUGGAGAGAAGGACAUGAGGGAACUAAUAUCUUCCAGUGUCAAAGCCAACCAGCAGUCGCCUCUACUUCGUCUCCCGGCUGAGGUCCGCAACAUGAUAUGGGAAUUUGCGCUCGGCCGAAGAUUGUAUGAAAUAAAGCCCCGAAAAGUAUACGGUCGACGCACGUAUCCGCGAGGGGAUCCUAGCGAAGUCAGUCUUCUACGAGUAUGCCGUCAGAUCUAUGCAGAAGCAGCUAGUAUUCCACUGCGACAAAACACAUUCCUCAUCGCGGACCCUCUUCAACCAGAGGCAUGCUUAAGCACCUUCAAGUGUUAUCAGCGUCGCCAGAUUACUUCCCUCCGAUUCGAGUGUUCUAUGCCAUACCCUGUUGCAUACCUAUUGGAAGCCAUGGAUUGGCUUUUCUUCAUAUUGAAAUCAUCAAUGAAGUACUUGAGUAGUACUGGUGACAUCUCCGCCAUUAGGUCGGUAUUCCCUACAGCUACGAAACCGGAUGGUAUCUCGUAUGAGCAGCCUCAUGGCACGGUCGUGAUGAAGGGUAUCAUGAAUCCGGUGGUUGGGAACUGGAGCGACACAUGUCCUUCAUCUUCCAAGACUCUAGUCCUGAAAACCUCGAAAAGUUUAAUCAGAGUGCGUCCGGUCAGGUGUCCGUACGAUACAACAAGGCCCCUCAAGUAUAGUCCGCUGGGUGUUCAGAGAUGGGCAGGCGAGUCACUUCAUCUCGGCGGUUGUACAUCAAGAGAAGAGAAAGAUCAUGUCAAAUUUAUGCAAAAUGAAUCAAGUUGGGGUGGUUUAUUUUGGAAUCAAAGUUUGUAUGUUCCGUCAAGCCUAAUUACAGAAGCCGGCCACACGGCAUGUAUAUAUGAUAUUAGGCUCCUACAAGCUGUGUCUGUCCACUACUUUCACAGUCAAAUACCGACUGUCCACCAUACCAAGCCACGGGUGCCUACUUCUGAACACAGCUCGUGAUGGACUUUGCGGGAAUCUCUUCGCGUAAGAAAUUGAAAAGGAGCUCUUGAAGCUUUUCUUUUUCUUCGACUUUUGUGGCAGAGUC